GAAGUGGUGGUGUGAGGUCCUAGUGUCUGCAUAAAGCUGGCUGUGGCUGUCUGAACAAAGGGUUGGUGGAGGAGCCCUGGGAAGAGAGGGGAGCGGAAGAAACCCUAGCAAGCUCCUGCUCUGCUAACCCCAAACGAGAGGAUGAAUUGGUCCUGGCUCCAGGAGCUCCUGAGCGGGGUGAACAAGUACUCCACGGCCUUCGGGCGCGUCUGGCUCUCCGUGGUCUUUGUCUUCCGCUUCCUGGUCUACGUGGUGGCGGCGGAGCGGGUGUGGAGCGACGACCAGAGGGACUUUGAGUGUAACACGCGCCAGCCCGGCUGCUCCAACGUCUGUUAUGACCACUUCUUCCCCGUCUCCCACAUCCGCCUCUGGGCCCUGCAGCUCAUCCUGGUCACCUGCCCUGCCCUGCUGGUGGUCAUGCACGUGGCCUACCGGGAGGCCAAGCAGAGGAAGUGCCAGGAGGCGGAGGGAAAGACCUGCCGCCGGCUCUACCCCGACCUCGGCAAGAAGCGGGGAGGGCUGUGGUGGACCUACCUGCUCAGCCUUGUCUUCAAAGUUGCUGUGGACGUGACUUUCCUCUACAUCUUCCACCGGCUCUACGCCAAUUUCAACCUGCCCCGCGUGGUGCGGUGCACCGAGGCCCCCUGCCCCAACACAGUCGACUGCUUCGUCGCUAGGCCCACCGAGAAGAAACUCUUCACCUACUUCAUGGUGGCCACCGCCAUCCUGUGCGUCCUUCUCAAUCUCUGCGAGAUGAUCUACCUGGUCGCCAAGCGCUGCUGGGAACUCGCCACCCGGCGCCAGGGCAGGGAGCUGCUGAGCAAGCCCGCAGGCUGCCAUCACUGUGCACAGCAGAACCAGAGUCUUAGUACAUCAUCCUCAGGGCAGGCUCCAUUCAGGUCUGUCCCUUUAUAUAGCGGGGAGGGUGCUGCUAGUGAAGGGAAAAGAGGCUCCUACCUCAUCUCCGGGCAUUCACAAUCUCUCGCACAGACUUCAGCCACCAGUGCAAACUUCUCACCAGCUUCAUUCCCUGCAGAUUGACUGACAAAGCAAUCAAAGGCUUAUUAGAAUCAUUUCUCCAAGAGUUUUCAGUCCCGUGCCCAUUGAAGGCAGGGUCAUGCUGUGUAUGAAAAGUACAUUGACAUAUAGCAGAGCCAGUUAGCACUUUCCAAAUUUCUAUUUUUUCCAACAGCAGCAGAAAAAAGGGAUGAAAUUUGUGAGAAAAUUUGCCUGUUUCUUGAUCAUCUUCAAUAAAUACUUUGCAAAGGGUUGAUAAAUGAUUUGUAGAUGUUCUAGGCAUGUCGUAGACGGAGUCAUGUGUUUUUUAAA